AUGUCGAUGUCGCACCUGUACGGCACGGACGGGGAGGAUGGCGUGGAGAUGGAGAACUUCGAGGUGUCGGACUGGGACCUGCAGAACGAGUUCAACCCGCACCGGCAGCGCCACCGGCAGAGCAAGGAGGAGGCCACCUACGGCGUGUGGGCCGAGCGCGACUCGGACGAGGAGCGGCCCAGCUUCGGCGGCAAGCGCUCCAGGGAUUACUCGGCCCCCGUGAACUUCAUCAGCGCCGGGCUGAAAAAGUCGGCAGCUGAGGAUAUGUCAGAAGAAGACUCUGAUGAAGAUGAAAAGCCUGUUAAGCAGGAAGAAAUCCCUAAAGAAUUUGUGCCAAAGAAGUUAAAAACAGGUGGUAAUUUCAAGCCUAGUCAGAAAGGCUUUGUAGGGGGGACAAAAUCUUUUGUGGAUUUUGGCAGCUGGGAGAGACACACUAAGGGAAUUGGGCAGAAGCUUCUCCAGAAAAUGGGUUAUGUCCCCGGAAGAGGUCUCGGGAAGAAUGCUCAAGGUAUUAUCAAUCCAAUUGAGGCCAAACAAAGAAAAGGCAAAGGAGCUGUGGGGGCAUACGGCUCUGAAAGAACCAGCCAGUCUUUGCAAGACUUCCCUGUUGUGGACUCAGAAGAAGAAGCUGAGGAGGAAUUUCAAAAAGAGCUCAGUCAGUGGCGGAAGGAUCCAAAUGGAGGCAAGAAAAAGCCCAAAUACAGCUAUAAGACAGUAGAAGAACUGAAAGCCAAGGGUAGGAUCAACAAGAAGCUUUCAGCCCCUCAGAAGGAGCUGUCUCAAGUCAAGGUUAUAGACAUGACGGGUCGGGAGCAAAAGGUUUAUUACAGCUACAGUCAAAUCAGCCACAAGCACAACAUCCCAGAUGACAGUCCUCAGCAGCCACUGGGCAAAGACUCCAAGCCCCAGGGAUUUGCCUUGCCUGAGCUGGAGCACAACUUACAACUUCUCAUUGACAUCACAGAGCAGGAGAUCAUCCAGAACGACCGGCAGCUGCAGUAUGAGAGGGACAUGGUUGUCAACCUGACCCACGAGAUACAGAAGAUGUCUGAAGUUCUCUCGCAUGAGGAGACAGCAAUUAGCAAUCUCAGCAAGGUGCUGGAGAUGGUGGAAGAGUGUGAGAGACGGAUGCAGCCCAGUUGUGAAAAUCCCUUAACCUUGGAUGAGUGUGCAAAGAUUUUUGAGACGCUUCAAGACAAGUACUACGAAGAGUACAGGAUGUCUGAUAGGGUAGACCUGGCAGUAGCAAUAGUCUAUCCUCUCAUGAAAGAUUACUUCAAGAACUGGGAUCCCUUCAAGGACUGUACAUAUGGCACAGAGAUCAUAGCCAAGUGGAAGAGCCUUUUGGAAAACGAUCAGCUGUUAUCACACAGUGGGCAGGACCUGUCAACAGAUGCUUUUCACAGACUGAUGUGGGAAAUCUGGAUGCCAUAUGUCAGAAACAUAGUAGCACAGUGGCAACCAAGGAACUGUGGAUCGAUGGUGGAUUUCUUGGAUAGCUGGGUAAACGUUGUUCCUGUCUGGAUACUGGAUAAUAUUCUGGACCAGCUCAUCUUCCCCAAGCUACAGAAAGAGGUCGAAAGCUGGAAUCCUUUGACAGACACAGUCCCAAUCCAUUCGUGGAUCCACCCCUGGCUUCCCUUGAUGCAGGCACGAUUAGAGCCGCUGUAUUCUCCCAUCCGUAACAAGCUGGCAAAUGCGCUGCAGAAGUGGCAUCCCAGUGACUCCUCCGCCAAACUUAUCCUUCAGCCCUGGAAAGAUGUGUUCACACCUGGAUCAUGGGAGGCUUUCAUGGUCAAAAACAUUGUGCCUAAACUAGGGAUGUGUUUGAACGAACUCAUCAUAAACCCUCACCAGCAGCACAUGGAUGCCUUCUACUGGGUGAUUGACUGGGAGGGGAUGAUUUCUGUCUCCAGUCUUGUUGGGCUGCUGGAGAAACACUUCUUCCCAAAGUGGCUGCAGGUGCUGUGCUCUUGGCUUAGUAACAGCCCCAAUUAUGAAGAGAUUACAAAGUGGUACUUGGGUUGGAAGUCCAUGUUCUCAGACCAAGUGUUAGCACAUCCGUCGAUCAAAGACAAAUUUAAUGAAGCUCUUGAUAUCAUGAACCGGGCUGUGUCUUCCAGUGUUGGUGGGUACAUGCAGCCAGGGGCUCGAGAGAACAUCGCCUACCUUACUCACACUGAGCGGAGGAAAGACUUUCAGUACGAAGCCAUGCAGGAGCGUCGGGAGGCUGAGAACAUGGCCCAGCGCGGCAUUGGCAUGGCCGCCAGCUCCGUGCCGAUGAACUUUAAGGACCUAAUUCAGACAAAAGCAGAGGAGCACAACAUUGUUUUCAUGCCUGUGAUUGGAAAGCGGCAUGAAGGGAAACAGUUGUAUACGUUUGGACGGAUUGUCAUUUACAUUGACAGAGGCGUUGUGUUUGUACAAGGAGAAAAGACUUGGGUGCCAACCUCUCUCCAGAGUCUCAUUGACAUGGCUAAGUGAGGCCCCCGCUUUGAGCCGUGAAGACCAUCUUGCUAACAUUUUUAGCGUAACUGUCUUGGA